CAUGGAUGAAUUUCUCUUCUUCAUACAUACCUAUGUUGUCGCUUCUUUAACUCUCGCUAAAUGGCUAACAUUUCUAAUACUAAGCAGAUAUUAUGCCAUACCUGCAUAUCGACCUUCAAAGGAAUGCUAAGAACCAGUCAUUGUCGGGAAUAUCAAGAUCUCUUGGCAGGCAAGGAUGCAGGUUGUUUUGUUUGCACGUGGCUAUGGGAAAGACUUCUUCUGCCUUUAUCGUAUCAUGAUCAGAACGACAAAAAGGAACCUAUAUUCUACAUAUCUUGCCUUGUCAUCCGGGGAUGGGACUCAUAUCAUACACAUUUUAGUAUUCAAUGUGACUGGGCCCCUCCUGCCGAGCUUAAGCGUACGUCCGCCGCCAUUCUCAGAAUAACACAUUUUUAGAAACAUACGCUGACGAAGAUUUAGUUUCCCUGCGUAAACAACCGUCAUACCGGAACUGUAAAACUUCUAUACCAGAACAUGUACAGCCGUGUGAUCUUGACCCAAAUAUAGGAUCUAGUCAGUCCUUGCAGAAAAUCGAAGGCUGGAUAUCGUCAUGCCAAGAAAAGCAUGAACACUGCAGAUCUUUUCAUGCGGGAGCUGAGACAUUCUUUCCAGCUCGAAUUAUCGACGUAACAGACGUCGAUUCUGGUAUAAUAUCUGUGAAGAA